AUAUCUUUGUGACCGAUGCCUUCCGAGGGUUGCAAAAUUACCGAGUUCAACUUUCGCUUUAAAGUGUCAUAAAGGAGGAUGAUAUUUCGCCUGAUAUCCCGACUACCUGUGCAGGCAAGGCAAUUAGUAAGGAUGAGUUCUUCCUCAGCAAAGCGUCUUUCUGGAAAAGUUGCGAUUGUCACAGCUUCCACAGACGGAAUAGGAUAUUCCAUAGCUGAGAGACUUGGACAGGAUGGAGCCAAAGUAAUGAUUAGCAGUAGAAAACAAAAAAAUGUAGAUGCCAGUCUUAAGAAACUGAAAUCCUAUGGGAUUGAGGCCUCAGGAAUAGUAUGCCAUGUAGCCAAGAAAGAAGACAGACAGAAAAUGAUACAGAAGACUCUAGAAGAUUUUGGAGGCGUUGACAUUUUCAUUUCCAAUGCUGCUGCCAAUCCCCAUUUUGGUCCAAUUCUGUCAUGUUCAGAAGAUGCCUGGGAUAAGAUUUUUGAAACUAAUGUCAAAGCAACUUUUAUGUUAUGCAAAGAAAUUGUACCUCUCAUGGAAAAAAGAGGGGGAGGUUCUAUUGUUGUUGUUAGUUCUUUUGCUGGUUACAAACCCUCUGAGAAGUGAAUCAUUGGUGCCUAUUCAGUCAGCAAGACGAGUCUUUUAGGUCUAAUUAAAGCUCUGGUCCCUGAGUGUUCUUCCAGAAAUAUACGCAUUAACGGACUGGCACCAGGUAUUAUAAAGACACGCUUCAGUGAGCAAUUGUGGAAAGAUGAAGAGAGCUCAAUUAGUCAAGUUUCCCUUCAAAUGAUACCCAUUAAAAGGUUCGGUGAGCCGCGAGAGUGUGCAGGGACUGUGUCCUUCCUGGUCUCUGACGACGCUUCCUACAUCACUGGCGAAACCAUUCUGGUCACGGGGGGCAUUGAUGCCAGACUUUAGGGAGCAAUCAACAAUGACCACAGAUCAAAGCAAAAAUCCACCUCAAACACAGUUAUCUUUCUUAGAUAGUAUUUUCUGUGACUGUAUUAUAUUAUUAUCUUUGUGUGCAUGCUAUUUGAAGACUGUGAUAAGGGAUUCAUAACGAAGAACAUUUCAUAUUUCCUGAUAAUUUAAUGUACAAUGAUAUUCAUAUUUGGGAUAUUUAAAAAUUGACAAUUCAUUGUUGUAUGUCAUAUUUUUAUGGGUAUUAAGGAAAAAUAAAAUGUUUCGAUACUU